AGCAAAGAGCAGAGAGAAACAAUAUUUUCCAUGUGCACAGCGUCUGAAAACAGCGUGAAAAUCACAACAUCAACCGACACAGUUUAUUGAUUCCGGUAUCUCUGUUAUUUGUGUACAUGUACAAAUUGCAGUAGGUAAAGUGUCCUACUGCGAGAAUUAACGAGCUGUCUAUUAGAACGAGCUGUUUUGUGGUGCAUAAGACCUGUUGAAUUCACUGUUUUGCCAACGCCUAACCUCCAAGGUUUUUCUGGAAGAUACCAGACCUAUGUGAGAGCUUCCUUAACAAGACACAUUUGAGAACAAUGUAAUGCAUGGAGUUAUGAAACUCUUGGGAAUGUUAAAACUCUAAAAUACAGGGAACCAAUAGCGGAUAUUUUGUUUCAAAAUGAGCUUGAGAAGAUGUGUAGGUGUUUUGUGCAUGAUGUUGGCGGUGUGUUGCAUCCCUAGCGAACAAACCAUUAUCAAAGUCUCUGUACCUGAAGAUGAACCAAGGGGAUAUGUUGUUUACCGUUUUCCGACACCAACUGGUGAAGACGUUUAUCAAGUACUUGACUCGAGGUAUACAGAGUCACUUGAGCUGUUAAAACUCUUCGAGAUUUCCGUGUAUGGUGUAUUAACCACAAAGCAGCCAUUGAUAUUCGAUGAAACUGGGAAAAACACUUAUGAAAUUACCGUUGUUAAAAGGAAAAGAGGCCAAGCAUCGGGUGGACAGGCAUUCACCUUACAAGUGGAAGUGACGGACAUUAACAAUCACGUUCCUACAUUUGGGUUUAAGAUUUAUAACGGAACAAUCAUGGAGAACUCACCGGAAAAUACUAAAGUGAAAGGAAUUGUGAAUUGYCAUGCUGAAGACAAAGACACCUCUGGUAUCAAAGGAUACCAAAUYAUCGAUGGAAAUGAAAAAGGUUACUUUAAGUUAUCAACUCUAAAAGUUAGUGAUGAAAUMUUUUUGGAGGUAAAAACGACGAACACCCCAAUAAUAUUAACUAGUGACGGWAGCAAUAAGAAGAUAACCCUUGUYGUUCAGGUAGAGGACAAUGGAACGCCGAGUCAGAAAGCUUCCACAAAAAUCGUAGUUACYGUCUCACCAGAAAAUAAGCACGCGCCUGUAUUCGAGAAGAACGAGUACAAAGGCAACAUUAGUGAAGAGCUUCAAAUUAUGUCUACAGCAUUAGAGGUUCACGCUGUGGACAAGGACAGUGGUCGWGAUGGUGGCGUCUAUUACAUAUUAAAUCCCCUGUCCAACUAUUUUACGGUAAAUCCAGUCAACGGACAUAUYGAAGUCAUUCAUACUCUCGACUACAGCGUUCAAAAUGUCUUUGAUUUGACGGUUUUUGCUAUUGAUCGAGGAAAGGASAGUAAGCAGUCUUCCGYCAAAGUUACUCUCACAAUUCAAAAAGACCUGUCACACAUUCCACCGAAGGAUGUGCAAAAUCAAGGCAAAAAUACGGCCCCAUUCUUCCAAUCUGGUGCCUUAGCCAUCAGUGUCAGGGAGGAUUUACCAGUAGGGGGAUUCGUGACACUAGUGAUCGCCACAGACAACGAUCCCCCUGGACCCAAUGGACAAUUGACAUACUCUCUAUCAGGAGAUASUACAAACAAUUUUCAAAUGUCUAGUGAAACUGGUUUGGUUACACUCAAAUCUCAACUCGAUUAUGAAUCAAUGAAAAUACAUAAUCUAACUGUUACAGCUACUGAUAAAGGUUCUCCAGCACAGUCAACAUCUAAUUUCCUUAUCAUAUAUGUAAUCGAUGUAAAUGAAAAUUAYAACCCACCGAUAUUCCAACCUGCAGUUCGCCCACUGAAUCUACCGGAGAAUACCCCAAUCGGUACGUCAGUUAUGACUGCCUCAGCUACAGACAGCGAUUCAGGUGUUGACGGUAAACUUAUUUAUUCUGCUAUGUCUGGCGAGGGAAUUUCCUAUUUAAGAGUAGAUGAAAAUACCGGGGAGGUUUUUACCAAAGCAUUUCUUGACCGAGAGGURAACAAGCAUUUUGAACUUCUUGUUGUUGCUCAUGACAGUGGUAACUUUCCUAUCCAAUCAAGACUGUACAUUGUAGUCAACGUGGUAUCCGUUGAUGAUCAGUAUCCACAGUUCCUUAAGGCAGAGUACAACGGAACAGUCCCUGAUGGAUCCCCUGUGAAUACKUUUGUUACSGUAUUACAUGCYGUAGAUAUGGACAGCUCUGGGUUGAUAUACUCAAUCAAAAACCCAGAUGCUAAGGACCCCUUCAAAAUCGAGGUAGACACRGGUGUCAUAMGAACAAAACAAACACUCGAUACAMGUGUCAGUGGUAAAGACACCUAUCAGCUAACUAUUGAAGUAAAAAAUGGCCAACGUAUAUCCCAGGCUGUGGUUAACAUCAAGAUAGUGAAAUCAGCRGACACUGCACCGAAAUUCCUUACAAGCUCUUAUAGUGUGGAAGUAAGGGAAGACAUGGGAAAAAUAGACAGUUUAAUCUGUCUUGCAGCUACAGACAGUGCCACAGAUAGCUUGAUCACGUAUUCCAUUAAAACCGGCGAUCUCCAAACAUUUGCAGUUGGUUCAACAUCRGGUAAAUUUUCCGUCUUGAGGUCAUUCGACUAUGAAGUUGAGUCUGGAUUUGACGUAAAAGUGCAAGCAGUCAACGAUAACAAGAAAACUGCCCUGGCAGCAAUAAAAAUAAAAGUUACUGGCAGUGAYGACAAACCCAGCUUCAAGCAGACAAGCUAUGAAUUUACCAUAAAUGAAGACAGUCCACAAGGUACAACACUCUUAACGACAAGCAAGAGCGGGAUGGAAUUCCAAGACUCUGACUCAAAGCCGGAUCAGUACGAKUGCUCUAUGGAAGAAGUGCCUUCAUCAUAUGUACURGAUUACUUCCAACUCAARCGAGUUAAAGCAGAAUGCUUUUUGGUAACUACGAAAACUCUUGCCUACCCCAACGACGCUCAAUUUGGGUUUAUAGUCAUUGCAACAAACAAGGACGUCCCAAGCAUGUAUGCAUCCACCUCUGUAACUCUGAAAGUAAAYGAUUUGAAUAAUAACGCCCCAGUGUUUGACCAGGAMAAUUAUUGGGUAUCUGUGUCCACUUCAACGUCUAUAGAAACCUCUAUUCUCCAAGUGCAUGCUUCGGAUAGGGAUAGUGGUAAUAACGGUCAGCUAUCAUACCAGCUGAUGUCCAGUAGUGGUCUCAAGUUCUUUAUCGAUCUCACAACUGGAGUGAUCACUACAAAGAGAACUUUGAGUGUUGGUGAAUACUCUUUCGAUGUUAAGGCAAUUGAUCAAGGAACUCCUGUUAAGGAAAGCCAGACUACAGUCAAAGUCUCUGUCUACAGUACGUCAAGUUACGGAAUAAAAUUCCAAGGGACUCCUUAUACGAAAUCGAUAUCCGAAUCGUCAGCUUUUAUUGGAACUGACGUYUCGAAGGUGCAGGCUACAUGUCCCGGGAAAAUAACGUAUUCCAUCGUAGGCGGAAAUGAUGGUUCUGAAUUUCGAGUGGACAGCACUUCUGGGAGUGUUACUWUAAACAAAGUUCUUGAUUACGAAUUGAAAAGCAGUUUUAAGGUAAAAGUACGCGCUACUUGUUCAAGUCCAAAUUUGGCCCAAGACGUGCCGGUGGAGGUAACAGUGACGGAUGUUAACGAUAACGCACCAAAGUUUUUGUCUCAAARUCCUAAAGUUGUUGUUAUCAAGAGUUAUACUCCAAAAGACAGCAAGGUUUUUAAGGCUAUUGCAGAAGAUGCUGAUUCAAGCGCUUUUGGCCCAGUUACAUACACCAUUGAUACAUCUAAUAGUAAUCCACAAAGUGUCCCCUUCAGCAUCGAUGCAACCACUGGGGAAGUGAAAACAUCAAAAGUAAUUAUAUAUUCCGAAGGAUCUUCAUACAGCAUUUCCAUUAAGGCCUCGGAUUCAGGUGGAAAAUCUACUUCGAUGACAUUGAAAGUGAAUGUUCUUUCUGUUAACGCACCACCAAAGUUUCCUCUCAACGAKUACACUUUUGAAGUACAAGAAAAUAUCAUGGUUGGCAAUGAGAUUGGGAACAUCAAAGCCACUUAUGGUAACUCUGCACAGCUUUUGAAAUACACCAUUACUAAGGGAAACACAGAUAGCAUGUUCUGUGUCAACAGACUUGGUGCGUUAUCUACGACUAAACCACUUGACAGGGAAACGAUUUCAUCAUAUUCUUUAGAAGUACAGGUCGCACUAGAUAACCAAGCCGACACCACCAGGGUAAAGAUAAACGUCAAAGAUAUCAAUGAUAACAAACCAGUGUUUGACAAAAAAAUCUAUWCUGUGGAACUGUUGGAAAAUGAAGCUGUAGGAAAAGAGRUUGUUCAAGUGAGAGCUUCUGAUAAAGAUUCAGGUUCUAGCGGUGCUAUAAAGUACUCUCUUUCCCAGCCUGUUGAAGACAGUAGUGCAAAACUGUUUGAGGUUAAUGCUCAAACUGGUGUGAUCACAUUAAAAGGAAGUCUUGAUCGUGAAGACAUUGAGAAGCACAUCCUGUACGUGAAGGCAGAAGAUGAUGGCUCACCCAAACUUGCAGCCAUGACCAAAGUCGUAAUAAACGUCAAAGAUAUCAACGAUAACACUCCGAGCUUUUCAACUCUGCUUUAUAUUGCGGAACAAACACUCGACGCUAAGCCUGGAGACGUCGUAAUUCAAGUUGAAGCAACGGACCCUGACAGUGGGAAAAACGGACAACUUGUUUAUUCUAUUGUAGGUGGCAACGAAGACGGUUUAUUUGGGAUUGAAAGUGAAAUUGGGCUCAUAACUCUAAAGAAACACCUGGCAGCUGUACAACAACUCAGUAUCAAUGUAUCGUUAGAAGUAAAAGACCAGGGCAAUCCACAGCGAGUUGGAUACUCAACUUUGAUCGUGAUUGUCAUAUUACCUGAUUCUCCUCCAAAAUUUGUUGUUUCGCCUUUAAUUGUUAACGUGAAGGAAGGAAUUCCUCCUGGUAGGCUUGUUGCUACAGUACGUGCAGCCACCUCAGCUCUUCUUAGCUUCAACAUUGUUUCAGGCAACGAAGGCGGAUAUUUUGUUAUGGACUCGCUAUCCGGUAGUUUAAUAUCUGCUAAGACCUUAGACUUUGAAACAGAAAAUCAGUACCGACUUGGAAUUACUGCAGUUGACUCCAAAGGAAGAGGAGAUAAGGUCAUAUUGGUGAUUAACCUAAUCGACAUUAACGACAACACGCCGUUUUUUCCUGGCGAAGUAAAUGGAGAGAUAGUUCAGUUGGUCGAGGGACGAUCAAUCUUUGCUAACGGUUUUGUGACUCAAAUCCAAGCUCUCGAUCUUGAUGCAGGUGAUAUAUUGUCUUACCAGCUAUCUGCAGAGGGUGAAAAGUAUUUCACAAUUGAUAAUGAUGGUAAUCUUAAGGGGAUACAAACUGUGGUCGAUGUAAAGGGAGAAAUCACUUUUGAGGUUACAGUGAGUGAUUCUGCAACACCCGCUCACGAGAAAAAGGCGAAAGUCAAACUCGAGUUUUUGCACGAGAAUCCUGGCCAACAACCAAUAUUUGCAACGAUAAAGGAAAAUGCCAAAAUUGGAACAAAAAUCACCAUGAUUCCGAAAUUUUACCCAGGAGGAAAUUUCAAAAUCAUUAAACCUCAAAAUCCACCAUUUUCUGUUAACAACAAUGGUGAAGUUCAGCUAAGUGGAGAAAUUGACUUUGAAAGACAGGUCAUGUACUCGCUGGCAAUCAGGGAGUUCGAAUCUGCAUCAAUUGAAGCAAAAUAUCUGGAUUCGCAMGUGAACAUAUUUGUAAGUGAUGUCAAUGAUAAUGACCCYGUAUUUACAGUACGUUCAACUUAUGGUCAAAUAAAUCAAAAUUCUCGUGCUGGAGCUAAUGURCUGACAGUGAGUUCCUCUGAUGCUGACAGUACAAGAAAUGGACUUCCUGGAUACCAGCUUAUUCCUGGCAAGGCACCUUUUGGACUAAACCCUAUUACGAAUCGGCUGGAAGCCACUGCCAAACUUGAUAAAAGCCAGUACGAACUGGAGGCCUUUGCCUUUGAUCACGGUCAUCCUCGAAGAAACAAUUCUCUAUUGAAGUUCAAUGUUGACGUAGCUUCAAUUCCGCCGAAAUUCGUGGGUCUUAAGGGGAGAGUGUACAGAUUUGAAACUCCGGAAAGCGCCACACCUGGUGCAAUCGUUGGUACUGUCAAAGCUAUUAGUAAGUCUGGUGUACGAUUAGUGUAUGCCAUUGAAAGUGGAAAUGUUAAAAACAGUUUUGUGAUUGAACCGUUGACAGGAGACAUACACCUUAAUUAUUUUCUUGACUACGAAAAAAAUGAUAGGCAAUAUACCCUCACUGUUUAUGCAAUGGAACUCAUUCCAGAUGGCUUGAAUAGUCGCAUCAAAGUGUACAUAGAGGUUCUAAACGACAAUGAUCAUUAUCCAGCAUUCACUAAAAUGCUUUACACUGCAACUGUUCCUGAAAACUACCCAAUUGGAAGUUCCAUUCUCAAAGUCUCUGCAACGGACUGUGACUGUAGUGACGAUUGUUCAUGCUCUCUGGGCCAACUGAAAUACAGUGUACAGAACACAGACGUCUUCUCAAUGGACAGUGAAACUGGUGUUCUGUCUCCAGCAAAAGAACUAGACUAUGAGAAAACCAAAUGGUUUGUCUUCAAGGUUUCUGUUACUGAUUUUGGUAAGUUUACAAGGAACACGAGUGCCUUUGUAAAUGUGUCUUUAUCACCAGUAAAUGACAACGCCCCAAAGUUUGCAAGCAAUGAACUGGUAUUCUCAAUUACUGAAGAUGCAGUAGUUGGAAAGCCAUUAGCUUACGCGACUGCUAACGACGCAGAUGGCGAUCCACUCAAUUAUACGACUGAAGGUAAUGCUGGACCGUUUCGCAUUGAUCGAGAAGAAGGGAUGAUAUACCUGUCCCAAAAAUUCCCUGACCCAAUAGUAGACUGGAAAUACACAUUUGAUGUGGCAGCCAGCGAUGGUCAAAGUAAAGCAGUUGUGAAGCUUGUUUUAAACAUUAUCGAUCUAAACGACCAUAAACCAGAAUUCACAGUGUGCAACAAUGCCAGCAUAUAUGAAAACGGUUUGGCUGGAGADACCGUCACACAGGUUAAGGCCAUCGACAAGGACAAGGGGAAAAACGGAGAAGUUGAAUAUUUUUUGGCUUAUGGGUCAAAUUACUUCGAUAUUAAUAACGUGACUGGAGUAAUCACUACUAAGUUCAGUCUUGAUCGUGAAAAACAGGCACGGUACGUCAUUGCUGUUCGAGCUGAAGACGGUGGUCAYGGUGCUAGUGAAUAUGAGAGAAUGUCUUCUCAUUGUGUAUUCAGGGUUACAAUUCUUGAUGUUAAUGACAAUUAUCCAGAGUUUCAUAUUCACCAAUAUCAUGCGAGUAUCUAUCAAAAGGCACCCAUUGGGUCCGUCAUUACCGUAGUGUCAGCCUAUGAUAACGACCUUGCUGAAAACGGUGACGUAUAUUAUGCCUUAAAAGAAAAAAGUGACAAGUUUGCAGUUGGAAAAGAGACUGGUAUAGUUACCACUCUGACUGAUCUGUCGCAAAUAAGUGGUGACUUUUUGUUAAACGUAAAGGCUACCAAUAGAGUUCCAAUGUCGGUGACUGAGGCUGCUGAUUCAACUGUAUCAGAUGCCACUGUCUCAAUUUCAGUCACGACCUUGAAGCCUCCAGGGUUUAGCACGUAUACGUAUGAAGCCUCAAUCCCUGAGAAUGCAAAGAUUGGAACGUUUGUUGUUCAGCUUAAAUCAUUCUCCUUCAAUAAUCGUAAAAUAAUUUACGAGGCGCUGAACGAACAUCCUUUGGCUAAAAACGAGUUCAGUGUAAAUGCAAAUACAGGAGUCAUCGUUACAUCAACAACACUCGAUUACGAAUCGGUAAAAAACUACGAACUUCAGUUUCUAGCAGUUGAGUUGGCAGGCUCUUCGGUUGGAUUAUAUCAGACAUGUUUUGUGAAUGUAACUGUCCUGGAUGUUAACGAUCAUUCACCUCAAUUUGCCUUGGAAAGCUACGAAGGUCGCGUACUGGAGAACUCGCCUAAAGGGACACCAAUCGUCAAGAUCGAUGCAGAAGACAUCGAUCAAGGAGAUGCUGGGCGUGUUGAUUACUUUCUAACCUCCAAAUGGAGUCAUAAACUGUUCACAAUCGGUAGCAGUAACGGAGUUGUCAGGACUAAUGCUGUAUUUGAUCGGGAGACUAAAUCACAACACUAUGUUGAAGUCGGCGCGUCUGAUCGAGGUUCACCCAAACUAACGAGCUAUACUUAUUUGGUGAUUACAAUUGUCGAUCGUAAUGAUCAGAAUCCCCAAUUCUUAAACAAGAACAUGGCUGUAUCAGUUAGCGAAGAUACCGCAAUUGGUAGUAGUAUAUUUCAAUUAAGCGCCGUAGAUAAAGAUGUUGGGAAUAAUGCUAAAAUGUACUAUUUUAUAACCGGAGGAAACAGACAACAUGUCUUUUCAUUAAAAACUGUGUUUUCACCGAAGAAUUACGGUGAAGUGAUUUURGAUAAAAAGUUGGACUACGAAUAUGUCCGAGAAUACAAACUACGUGUCACUGGAGCUGACGGGAAAACCAGUGACUUUGGACAUCUAACUAUAACGGUCAAAGAUGCUAACGACAAUAAGCCACUGUUCAGCAAGAUAGUGUACGAAGCUACAAUUAACGAAGAAACCAAAGCCGGUGYAUCUGUUCUUCAAGUACAAGCUACGGACGUCGACACUCCAGCAACGCAGAGUCCGUUGAAAUACUCACUUGAUAAAACAGGGCAAGCGUAUUUUCGUAUUGACUCGCUCACUGGUAUCAUCUACACUGAUGGCCGAAUCGACCGUGAACAAAUCCCUUUUGUUCUCUUUACUGUGUUUGUUACCGAUGGAAAAUACACCGAGAAUGCAGGAGUGAAAGUUACUUUUACAGAUAUCAAUGACAAUGCACCCAUGUUCCCUAAUCCACCCUAUCAUAGUUAUAUACGCGAGAAUGCACCCAUUGGAACUCGUGUGAUGAUCAUACAGGCAAUUGAUCGUGAUGAUCCAGAAGCUGGUGGAAAUACCAAAAUCGAGUAUUCUCUCGCUGAUAACAGUAACAAUAAGUUUGGUAUCAAUGGUCAAACGGGAGAGAUUACAUCUCUCGCAACUUUCGACCUCGAAGGGGACUUUUCCAAUUACUCCAUAGAAGUCCGCGCCACCGACAAAGGAACGCCAUCACUAUCCAGCACCGUUAAAGUUGAUAUMUUUGUUUAUGAUGAGAAUGACAACAGGCCAGAAUUUACGAAUGGAUUUUUUUACGGGCAAGUUUCAGAGGAUGCUUUUCAAGGACAUUUUGUCACUCAAGUAACAGCUACAGAUAAAGAUCAAAAAUACAAUGCCAUGUUUGAAUUUAGAGUGAUAGCAGGGAACGACGAACCUUAUAGUUUUUACAUCCAUCCUUCAACUGGGAAAAUCGCAGUAUCUGGUAUACUUAAUUACGAAAAGAAGUCGUUGUAUAACUUGACUGUAACUGUGCGUGAUAGAGGGAUGCCACCGUUGGAAGCCCAUAAAGAGGCCUACGUAAUAAUCAAUGUUUUGGACGCCAACACAUAUCCGCCGGUCUUUACAACACAAAAUUAUAACGUUGAGGUCCGAGAAGAUGUUGCUAUUGGCCACGAAGUUGUUACGGUGUCAGUUACAGAUCGUGAUCAGAAAAACACUACGAAACAACUUACUUACACAAUUACCAAUGGCAACGAAAAAGGGUUGUUUUCCAUCCAAGAAAACAAAACAGAUUUCUUCUUGGCUACGAUUCGUACAAUAGCAAGAUUAGAUCGAGAGGAUAUGACACAAUUYACUUUGCAAGUUAAGGUAACUGAUGAAUUUGACCAGACGGCUAUAAGUACUGUGUAUAUUAAAGUUCUAGACGUCAAUGACAACGGUCCUGUAUUUCAACCUUCYUAUUACAUGUCAACUAUUAAAGAGAAUGUUAACACAGAGCAAUUUGUCACAACUAUAAAAGCGAGGGACCCCGAUACAGCCAGCAACGGCUCUCCAUUCACAUUUACCCUCUUAAACUCAACGUURAAUGACAGAUUCAAAAUCAAAGCCUCUACCAUUACUCAGACGUCCGCUCAGUUGUUUUCAUAUGGAUUAUUUGAACGAGCAAAAACGCCGUCAUUCACUCUWUACGUCAAGGCUACGGACAGUGGGAAUCCCCCUUUAUCGAGUUUUUCGUACGUAUUCGUUGAUGUSUUAGACCAAGGUAAUACCCACGAACCGUUUAACGGAAAGAUGACGAUUAUUGUAAAUGCUCUAGAUGGUCUUUUUAUUGGUGGGAUCAUCGGAACUCCGUACUAUAAGGACGAUGACUUCACUGGGGAUGUUAAUACUUACACCAUUGUCUCACAAUCCCCUGGGAACUACUUCACGAUUAAUACUAAUACUGGAAACAUCACAGCUGCAAAAGAUCUUCCACUUGGGAACUUUACGGUUAUUGCAUCUAUAAGAGAAACAAASCCAAGGUCAGGUUCCAGUCCUAAAACUGUAAUAUCGACCAUCAACGUAAUUGUUCGUAACGUUACAAGGGCGUCAGUUAAUGCAAGUGUCACCCUUCGACUGUCAAUGCUGAGAGUGGAGUAUUUUGUGGGUGAUUAUUACUAUAAGGUUGAACAUCUUCUUUCCAGUCUUUUCUAUGUCCAGAGAAGUAACGUGUAUAUCUUUARCCUUCAACGGGUUGUGGACGCUUCGGUUCCUACUGUCGACGUACAAAUAGCUAUCAUGGACAAUAAUAGCUUGUUUAUCAAUACUGUUUCUAUCAUCUCAAAACUUACAGAACGACGCAGUACUUUUACAGACCUUGGCCUUUCUUUAAAUGCCGUAGGAAUUGAUAUGUGCAAUGAAACCACAAAGCAAGUCGGUGUGUGUGUAACUCAAACAGUACCCUUCACCUCGUAUCGGGUAGCCCCUGGGGACUACGGUAAAGUGCCAGCCCCGGCAACAUCACUUACAGUUGUAUCUGUCGAUGUGGAAUUAAGAGCGUUACACCUACCGGUGCUACCAGAAGAGCCAACCUGUGCAACUAACAAUCCAUGCCUUAAUGGGGGAACGUGCUAUGAUGUCACUCCUUCAGGUGUUGUUUGUCAGUGUAAACAAGGGCUACUUGGUCCAUUUUGCCAAGAAACGACUAGAUCAUUUAAAGGAGACUCCUACAUACACUUAACCCAUUUAAAGUCUGCUUCAUUUGGAACAAUACAAUUUGAGUUCAUCACCAGACAAGCAAAUGGCCUAAUGCUGUAUCAAGGACCCAUCUCAGAAGUUGGUCCAGGUGGAACCCAAGACUUCGUGGCCAUACAACUGAUACAAGGUUACGUCCAUGCAGUAAUGUCAUUAGGCGUGGCACCGAUCUACUUGAACAUGACAAAAGGAAAUAUGUUGAAUGACGGUGAAUGGCAUGACGUCAAGCUGGAAAGACUAUUGCUGAAAUUAGUCCUGACAAUUGACAAUUGUGCCUACGCCCCUUACACAGUGCAGCCCGAUGGUAGUAUGAUAGAAGACAAAGCGAAUUGUCAGAUCGAAGGAGUGAUACCAGGCGAUGACUUAUAUCUCAAUGGUCAAUGGCCGCUGCAAUUAGGAGGAGUUUCAAAUCCAAGUCUCAAAUACCCACCCCUCCAGUAUACAGGUUUCGUAGGAUGCAUACGCAAUGUAAUAGACUCCGGAUUGAUGUACGAUUUAGAUAAACCUCUUCUGGAAGUGAACUCAGCUACAGGCUGCGACUUGGCCAAUCCGUGUCCCAAUUGUAGUAACAAUGGGUAUUGUGAGCCACAAAUGAACAAGCCUAGCUAUUGUGUGUGYGAUCUUGGUAAAACAGGAUCCACUUGUCAAGAAGACACUGAAGGUCAUUACUACCUGCCCAAUAGCUUUACUAUGUACACCAGCGGUGCUUGGUCAUCGGCGCCAUCAAAGCAGUUAACUUCAUGGUCAUCUUCCUCAAACGUUUGGACGGCACCAUCUUCGUCGUCGUCUUCAUCCUCCUCGUCAUCUUCUUCCUCCUCGUCUUCAUCUUCCUCCUCGUCAUCUUCGUCGUCUUCCUCGAAUUCUACCUCAUCAUCGUCCUCAAAUUCUACAUCCCCCAGUAGAAAACGCAGAAGUUUAAUGGCUCCACCAGUUGGUGUUCCUGCAGCAAAGACGCCCUUGACAGGUGAUUACAAGACGGAUAUAGCUGUACGUUUUCGUCUUCGAAAUGAGACAAAUAAUAAUCACACUCUCUUACUGGUGGCCUGCAAUGCCCUGGGAACGGAAUUUGGGUGGCUCGACAUCAAAGAUGGCGUAGUUCGCUUUAUUUAUCGGCUGGGAGAUCGCAUGAGGACGGUCCGUAUUCCAAAUCUAAACCUAACGUCUGGAAUACCCCAUGAUCUGUAUGUGAAAAGACRCGGUAAUACAGCAUCCAUWCAGGUUGGUAAGAGUGGCAAAAACGCCGGAACCACCGGUGGAACGAGCCAGCUGCUAAACCUUGGAGGAGGAAGUCUGUUCACCGGCGGUAUCCCACACACAACAGCUCUUAAAGUUGUCAAGGCAAUCGUUGAAAGUAACGGGAAAGUGAUUGUUCGUUUUGAGGAUGGACGAAUAAUAAGUUCCGCUCCAUCAGCGCUUCUCACUUCCGGUGCGACGUUGAUUACAAUCGCAAAGAAURGAUCUUUGGAGAUAUCCAAAGAUUACAGCGGAACAUUCGCCAAAGAAUUUCGUCAAAGUGUACGAGCCAUAAGAUCUCAAAAAUCAAAGCACAUUAUGAUAGGAUCWGUUGGGCCGUCUCUUAAGAAAACCAUAACAAGCARACACAGCUCUAGUUCAGGAGGAGGAUCUGGAAGUAGUGGCGGUUCUAGUAGUGGCAGCGGUGGAAGCAGCUCGGGAUCCAGUGGAAGUAGUGGAUCGGGAAGUGGCAGCUCCAGCGUUAACUCAAGUCAUCAUUUUGCUUUUGUGAAAAAUGGAUAUGGAGACGAGCUUCACAAGGAAGUUGCUGCGUUACGGAAUCAAACUCAUCCCAAUUCAUCUAUGGCAGUACACACAGACUAUGGAGGUUGUCUUAAAGACGCACGGUACAAUGGUUUAAAUCUUGAUCUUGAAACUACCGUCUCUAAAUUCAGACAGAACUUGAUUACUGGCUGCGAAUGUAAAGUGGGCGGCUGUAACCAAGGAGUAUGUCAAAUCAACGCUACAAUUCCAACUUGUAAAUGCAACACUGGAUAUGUAGGGGCAACUUGUGCGAAGAAAAAGAAAGGAGGGGGGCCCCCAAAGCAGUCUGCUUUUGUUCCAACAGAUCCAAAAGGUCCAUGGAAUUGGUCAGCACUACUAUUGUUCUUCUUCAUCAUUCUAUUAAUUUUGCUACUUCUGGCGUUGUAUCUUUGUUGUAAGAAGAGGCCAGCUCCAACGGUGGUGCCAGUACCGGGUUACGGAACAAUUCGAGAUUACAAAGACACAGAUGGAAAAGACGAGGACAAUAAUUCAUUCAACAUGAAACAUUUGAUGAAAUAUAUCUAUACAACGCACGAUGAAGUUGAUCCCUCUCAUAAGCAUGCUCCUGGGGUAAGGAACUACCCAGAUGAAGACAUCCAAGGCAAAGAUAAUCAACUAUUUGAUAUGAAUCACCUGAUGAAGUACAGUGUUGCUCCAUCCAACAAAGAACAACCAAUCAACACAGAUCCGUCAUCAGGCACUGGUGCUCCUUCUACUAGACCAGGUGACCCAAUGACUAGUGCCAAACCAAAGCCAAAAGUUCACGAACCUUUAGCUGGGACUGAAAAUACUGGCUACGAUGGUGAUCCUGCUAACACAACUCCUAAAUCGGGUAUUGCCCCUUCUACCGGACCAGCUGCCCCCAGUUCCAAACCGAAGCCAAAAAUUCAUGAACCUUUAGCAGGGACUCAAAAUGCAGGCUACGAUGGCGAUCCUACUACAGCAGCCCCAGAAUCGGGUACUGGUGCUCCUUCUGCCCGACCAGCUCCAGUAUCGGGUACUGGUGCUCCUUCUGCUCGACCAGCUCCAGAAUCGGGUACUGGUGCUCCUUCUGCUCGACCAGGAGGACCCAGUAGUAGUGUCAAACCUAAGCCAAACGUCCAUCAACCGUUGUCAGGGACUGCAAAUGUUGGCUACGAUGGCGAACAUACCGACGGUACAACAAGGUCAUCUUCAGGGGGAAAUCCUUCAGUAUGGUUGACACCGCAUGGGAGUGGUUCUUCAGGCAGUCAUAGCUUUAGUGGAGGRGGGCACUCUAGUUCAAGUGGUCAUCAUUCUGUAUGGCUCACUCCUCACUCCUAUGACAAAGGUYCUAGUCAUACCCAAGRCCCUCAAGGAAAUUCUGGAAGUUCAAGUGCAAGCACGCACCAUUCAGUCUGGCUGCAUCCAGAUAAAUCGUCAAGUAACAAUGGGCACUCUGUUUGGCUUACCCCGGAUGAAAGUCACCUCCAAGGGCAUCCAGGUAGCGGAAGCAAUUUUGUAUGGAUGACUCCACAUACGUCUAGUUCUGGUUCUGGCACAAACCRCAGUCAACCAACAUAUUCACAUCGUGUUUAUGUCCACAAACCCUUCCAUGGUUCGAAUGAUGAACUSAAAGUCUACGCAAAUGAAGGGCUAGACUCUGAUCAUGAUGAUAUAAGUUGCCCAGGGGACGGAGAUGACAUUGCUGAUCCAAAGGACAUUGAUCAUUAUAAUAUACCAGACCAUGUCAAAGAUAAAUUUCGCGAUUUAGAUGAUAUUAUUCAUCGUAAUAAAUAAAUGAAUUAUAGUUUACAGUAGAGCAUUUUUAGUGGCAACUUCUUUGGCUGGACCCAAUAGAAUCAAACUUAUUAGAGCUCUUGUGCUGGWAAAGCAAGUAAAUCUAGUUUAUUAGUAAUUAUAGAUUCAGACGAUAGAUUAUAAUGUAGAGAUAUUUUCACAAGUUCAUUAGAGAUCAAAGAGGUAGAAAUAUGUUUUUUAUUUGGGUUAAAGAAAUAUGCAAUGAUAAGCUAUAAAGCUGAGAGCAAACUUUAAGAGUAAGCCUUUUUGUAAAAAAGCGUCGUGUAGCUAGAAAUAGAGAUUUCAGUUUCCGCGCAGUAACAAAUUGUUAUAAAAAAUUUGCUCAGUAAAAUAUCAAUAAAAUAAGC